AUGCUCAGCACAGCAGCCCAUGUGGACGGGCAGCACCCAGGGCUGACACCACCUGGAAUGGCUCCCAGUAACACUCUCAUGAUCCACAUGGAUGAGAAACUGCUGCCAAAAGAGAAGAAUAAACUCAGGAAGCCGGUGGUGGAGAAAAUGCGCCGUGACCGGAUUAACAGCAGCAUUGAGCAGCUGAAGCUGCUCCUGGAGAAGGAGUUCCAGAGACACCAACCCAACUCCAAGCUGGAGAAAGCCGAUGUCCUGGAGGUGGCUGUCAGCUACCUGAAGCAGCAGAGCCAGCUGCAGGAGCCAGCAUUCAUUCACAAGAACCCAGAGCAGGACUUCAACAGCGGAUACCUGCGGUGCCUAAAGGAAGCGAUGCAUUUUCUAUCCUACUAUGAACCCAGGAAGGAAACUCAGGCCCAGCUGCUCAAGCACUUCUGCAAAGCUCAGAUGGGUGCAGACAUCACACGCUCUCCUGCCACACGCAGUGCACCUCGCUCACCCUGUGUGUUUGCCAGAAAGCAGCCUGCCCAGAAAACUGCCCAGAAAACUGCAGCAGCAGCUCAUACCAUCUGGAGACCCUGGUAG